UCAGCGAUGUCUCAAAAACCUGCUUCUCAAACUACCCUUUCCUCCAGUGUGUCACAAUGAACAAGAUUGACAAAAUUCAGUCGAGUCAGGAGGCCAAAAUCAAGGAGCAGUUUAAGAUGGAACAGCUGGUCUACACACAGGACACCAUCUACUUCAAGACCCUGAAGAAGGAGGGAGAUCCCUCUGUGGAGAACUGCACUGAAUAUGACAGCAGGAGCAAGUAUCCUGAAAUGCUUCAGGCGUACUACGAGAUAGUGAUUCAGCGCUUGGCGGACCAGAUUCCCAUGCCGAUCCAGUUCUUCUUGUUGAAGGAGUCAGCUCGGGUGCUGUGCAGUGAGAUGCUUGGCCUCAUCGAGGGGGUGGACGUGGACAAGGCUCUGUGCGAGGGCUCGGACUGCAGCCGUCGCCGUAACAACCUGCAGGGCCGCAUUGAGCGUCUCAGCCUGGCUCAGGAGAAACUCAGCCGUUUCCUCUAAAUGCUAGAUUGUUUGCAAUUCAGACAUGGAUAUGAACAACUACAGUAGCUUUUUUAAUCAGGGAUAGCAUAACUACACACAAUACAGCUUUUUUGUUAUCUUUCUUAUUUAUUGGAUUUUAUCAAAAACACUAAACAGUUUUCACAGGUCACAAAAUUUGUCCAAACUGGUAAUGUAGUAGUUGUAGUUUAUUUAUGGACUGAAAAAACAUUGUUCCAAAUAUAUCUUAGUCUACAUUAAAAACUGCAAUUUACAAGCCUGGUCGGUUGGUUCUGUGCAUAUAA